AUACAACCUCUUCUUCUCUUACAAUCACACAAUCGAAUCGAAUCCACAAGAAAAUGGGUUUGCAAAACCAGUUAAACGACGUUUCGUCUGGUUCAAUACCACUCCUCCUACUCGCGCAAAUCGCCACCUGCGUCAAUUACCUCCGCUCCUUACUCCUCCAUCUCCUCCAAUCCCUCCGCCUCUCCACCACCACCGCCACCGACCAGAUCAUCGUCGACGACCACUUCUUCGCCGCCGUCGGAUCCGGACUCGCCGGCCUCAUCAUGCUCUCCGAUCAGCUCGCCCUCAACAACCAGUUGUUCUACAACUACACCGACGACGGCGCCGGCGAGCGCCAUAACUGCGUUGUGUGUCAGAGGACCUUCAAGGAUGGUGACCAGGUUCGCAGGCUUCCCUGCCGCCACACGUUCCAUCGCCGCUGCUUCGAAGGGUGGCUCCACCACUACAAGUUUAACUGCCCACUCUGCCGCUACUCGCUCCUCUCCGAUGAGCGCGUCGCGCUCACGGAGCAACGCGUCGGUCGGCAACUCGUCUCGUGGUUCUCCCUCCGCUGAUGCCCGCCGGCGAUUCAGUGAACCUUCUUCCCAUUUUUAACAGUAGUUUUUUUACUUUUUAACGCAGUUGCUGGCGGUUUUUUUUACCACUCUUUUUUUUUCAUAGGAUACCUAGGAUAGGGUAGAUUCCUAUCUUUUUUCUUUUAAAGUGGUAUUUUUUAAUUUAACUUUUUUUUAUCUAGAGGUAUUUUUUGAAGGGUUCUCUGCUCUCUGAGAAUCCUUUUUGAGCUGCAGUGAAUUUUGGACUCUUUUGUGUUUAUGGUUAAUAAAUAAUUGGAGACCAUUGGAAGUUUAUCCAAAA